AUGAAGCUCUCUAUUAGGCUCGUUACUCUGCUGGCCGGCAUGGCUACAGGAAGCCCUUUCGACAAGCGGCAGACGGAUCCGGAAGCAGAUCAAAGCCAACUUAAGGACUAUUGUGCCAAAAGCGGGCUUCAGGCAGGCAUUAUUAAGCCUAUUGGCGAAGAAGCUGAUAAACACUUUAUGGGAACAUGCCUCCGCAACAAGGAUGACUUUAAGUUGGAGGAUGGCCCCUCUCUUGAAGACAAUCUAGCAUUUUGCAAAAAACUUGGCAGAGGAUUUGGCGGAUCCGCGGUUCCUGACGAUACUGGUGAUUAUACGAUUUGGUGCAAAGGAGAGCCGGUAGGCACUGGCGACGCUGCAGCAGACGAAGAAGCAAGCAUGAGGUUGUUCAAUGAAAUCAUUUCUGAGUCUAAAGACGGCAAGGGAAAAAUCGAUGGGGAGAAAGUUCAGCAUCGUUUGCAAGCGCUAGCGAAAGACGCGCCAGGCACAGUGACCGGGAUGUACAACGCCCUUAACGCCCGCCCCUCAUCGGCCAAGACCUUCGCCGGCCUAGGCGGAUCUGCGACUACCGUUGCCGGAACAGCAUCACUCCUGCAUAGCUUCAUCAUGUCCAAUGUGGGAAAGGGAGGUCUGAUCGGACCCGAAACCGGGGCUGGCCGAUGGCUACGAAUAAACCCGUUCUAUGGAAGCGCAGGGACCCAGCCAUCUCCAUUUGGCAUAGGCGGAGCCGUGAGUAUCGAUCGUGACUCAGACACUCAUUUAUGUGUGCCGUUUAAGGAUGAGAGUCGUUGGUAUUGGUCUACUGACGUAACGAGGUGCAAGUCUUGGCAUGACAGGCAAGAAUGCGACACAUCCUACGCCUAUGAUGCCGCUACGAAGAUUGGAAAAGAACACAAAAAGACUUGUGAUGAGGAGCGCUGGAAAAAGGAAGAUGAGGAAAAGGAAAAAAAGAAGAAGGAAGAGGAAGAGAAAAAAAAGAAGGAAGAAGAGGCAGCGCGAACCAUGGAGAAACUGGCUGGCUGGGCUAAACAGUCAUGGGAUGGUUUUUAUAAAGGGCUCACGGGUUCAGGUUAA